CUGCAAUCUCAACUGAUUCGUUCAAGAAGGGUUUGGAUAACCACAGAAAUUUACUAGAAAAGGGUUAACAUAGGCUCCAAGCCUUCUAUCCUCAACCAAUAAAUCUGAAAUCUGAAUCUGAAGUCUGUGAAAAAAACAUUUGUUAUUGAAAGGCCGACAGAAAUAUAAAUCAAAGGUCAUCAUGGAACUAAAUGACAACGGUAAACGAAACCGAAAGUCACUGGAUACAUUGGAGGAACGCAAAUCUAGUGGAAGUAGUGCAAAGUAGGCUCUUGUAUUUUCCUUCUUCUUCAUCUAGUAUGCUAUGCAGCUAUUAUAUGAACAGUAUCAGGCCUGUACAGAUGGAUCCAGAUAAAUUUCCCGGUUUCUAUGUCUUUCAAGAAUCUGCAUUCGGAAAUAUCAUUCUACCAGGGAUUCCAAGGAGUGAAACAAAUAAAUGAUGAUAUGUGUGAUAAUUGUGAACAAUAAUAAAUUGUAUUCUAAACAUUAUUCAAGUCGAAAAUAAGUGUUAUUGUUGUGUAGAUGAAUGAAUCACACGUUUUUUCAGCACAUGGUAUAUUUCUAUAAUAUAUAAAUCCUUCAGACUA